UUUCUUCUAAAAUCAUAGCUAAGCUAAAGCUUAGCCGUUCUCCAGGAAACAUUCCUAUUCAGGGUGAGGGUAGUUCAUCUCCAGGAGCGACCCAAGGUCAAGUKUCCUUGGUCCUCCAAUCGACAUACUCGUCAUCACAGGUUCAUCUUAAGGCAUUCAUUUUGCCAAAAAUCACAUCUCAGUUGCCGUCGUCUGUAAUAUCAGAGCAAGAUUGGCCUCAUCUCAGAUUCCUUAAGUUAGCGGAUCCCGACUUUCUCACUCCAGAUCACAUUAACAUUCUCGUUAGUGCUGAUAAUCUCAGAAGAGUUAUCAAGUCCUCUUGCCUUGUUAUACGAGGCGACUUAGAUUCUAUAGCUUUCCACACCAGGUCCGGUUGGGCAGUUUUAGGCGCGACUCCCAGCCCGAGCAAGGUCGAUCCUCGGAAAAUUUGCCAUGCAAUCUCUAACGAAUCUCUCGAUAAAGCUCCAACGAAAUUCUGGGUUCAGGAAGAAGUCUCAUCUUCCCCCGGUUUAAUUAUGAGUCUCGCUGAAUCACAAUGCGAGCAGCACUUUGUUGAUACGCACUCUCGAUUGCCAACAAGUCGUUACAUGGUUCGCCUGCCAUUUUUGAAAGACAUAUUCACCUUAGGGCAUUCAAGGUCUCUUGCCAUGAGAUGCCUUGAAAGACUUYYMAAGAAAUUCGAAACCGAUAGGCAUUUCAAGGAGACYUACWCUGAWUUCYUYAAAGAAUAUGAGUCUUUAGGACAUAUGGUUCCUUUUCCUCUCGAAGCUCCCGAGCCAUCUCAGGCGUUUUAUCUCCCGCUUCACGGAGUUUGGCGCAAGCAAAGUUCCUCCACCAAGCUGAAGGUAGUAUUUAACGGUUCAGCCAAGUCAUCAACCGAUAUUUCUCUCAAUGAUCUUAUGCACACUAGGCCGAAGACUCAAACAGACAUUUUCGAUAUACUGCUGUGGAUCAGGCAGCACAAGUACAUUUUCAUAACAGAAAUUGUGAAAAUUUUUCGCCAAAUCCAAGUGCAUCCCAAAGAUCAUGACCUUCAACGAAUUCUCUGGGUAAUGAAUCAUCUCAAGUUCAGGCAUAUCAGAUUACGUCUGUCACGUACG